UAGGAUGGGACCAGACCAGUAGCCACAUAUCCGUGCACGCCUGACCGCUAGUCUACUUCCUGGAUGGAAGAAUGGGACAUUUCCAGCACCACUUUUCUGCUUCGGGCUUCGUCUCGCUGACGCCGCGGAUAAUCACUUAAUAAUGACCGCAUGUAAUCAAUAUUAUUCGAUCACUUUUUUUCUCUCCCCCCCUGCUUCUUCCUCCUGUAGUUAAAUACCGCGAUUGAUCGCCGAUUGACCUCGCUACACUUCGGGAAUGUCGCUAUCUGGAAGCCCGCAGCUGCACACACGGAGGAGUCCAACAACAGAUUUUGAACUGUUUCUGCACAGCCAUAGCGUGCGUAACGUUUUAUUCCUCGAAGCUAAGAGCAGCCUGUGCUCAGACCGGAGGCGAAAAUUUUUGUCUUUUUAAAAAAGGAAAAAAGGGGGGAGGAAGAAAAAGCAGUGACUGUGUCCUGACCGCCAACCAUUACUUUGAUGCUCUGCCUUCGUGGCCACUGUGCCAACUUCGUUUUAGCUUAGGUAGUGUGCGUGUGAGUGAUUUCUCUCUCUCUCUCGCUUUCUCUGGGUGUUCUUUUUUUAAAGAAGAAGAAAAAGACAAACUUUGUCACCCGUUGCCUUCUUGCUGCUCUCGAUGAGUAGACUAACAUGCGGAGAAUACGGGAACCGAGUUACUGGUGGAUUUUAUCCUUAAUGUUUUUAACCUUGCCCAAACACAAAGACUGUCAGCCUGUUGCGUCGGGUCACCACACUGGAGGCAACCAUUAUGGAGGCACAGGCGUAAUGAGGGAGAGGAGGACAGCUGAUGACCCCUACUGGUCCUAUUCAGGAAGCCAUGGACCUCGAGGCUGGGCAGCCUUAUACCCAGAAUGUGCCGGAAACAACCAAUCACCUGUGGACAUUGCAGAUGAACAAGCUCAGAUUUCUCAGGAGUACCUGAAGCUGGAGCUUGACAAGUUCAACACAGAGUCCUCCAACCAGACCACGAUGAAGAACACUGGAAAGACAGUUGCUAUACUCCUGAAGGAUGAGUACUUUGUAGCAGGGGCUGGACUGCCAGGGCGCUUUAAGGCUGAGAAGAUGGAGUUUCACUGGGGCCAGAGUAAUGGAUCAGCAGGCUCAGAACACAGCAUAAAUGGCAGAAGGUUCCCUGUAGAGAUGCAGAUCUACCUUUACAAUCCGGAUGACUUUGACAGCCUCAGUGCUGCCAUUAAGGAAAGACGCAUCGUUGCUGCCAUGGCCAUCUUCUUCGAGCUGGGGCAAAAAGACAACCCAGCUGUGGACCCCAUCAUCCAGGGAUUGAAGGGAGUAGUGCAUCAUGAAAAGGAGACCUACCUCAGGUCGUUCGUCUUGAGGGAUCUGCUGCCAUCGUCGGUGGACAGUUAUUACAGAUACACCGGCUCUCUGACCACUCCGCCCUGCAGCAAGGUAGUGGAGUGGAUCAUCUUCUCCAGGCCUGUGUAUCUGUCCCACUCACAGCUGGAGGCUUUCUACUCCAUCUUUACAACAGAGCAACAGGACCACGUCAAGUCUGUUGAGUACCUGAGGAACAACUUCAGGCCCCUGCAGGACCUGGGCAAUCGCAAAGUUUUUAAGUCGGCUGUAGAAAAUGCAUGGCAGAGGGAUUUGACCGAGAUCCUGGGAAGCCCUCAUAGCACCGAGGCUUCAAAAGUGUGCAGCAGUGCCCCAGUGAGCAUGAAGAUCCAGCCGCUAAACCAGACGGCAUUGAUGGUGAGCUGGGAACGCCCUCUGACAGUCUACCACCCACCUAUCACCAGUUACAUGGUCUCCUACAGCUGGGUGAAACGUGAUGUUGCUGAUGAAAAGACCUUCACCAAGACCGGGGAUCAGAGCAUGAAAGCAGUCAUCACUAACGUUUCUCCUGACAUCCUGUACCUGUUCAGAGUGCAGGCAGUGUGUCAACAUGAUCUGCGCAGUGAUUUUAGCCAAACACUGUUGUUCAGAGCUAAUACAACAAGAAUUUUUGAAGGAUCUCGAAUUGUGAAGACUGGGAUGCCCACAGUUUCUCCUGCGUCCUCAGCAGACAUGGCUCCAAUCAGUUCUGGUUCCUCCACGUGGACGUCCUCUGGUAUCCACUUCUCCAUUGUCUCCAUGGCAACAGGGAUGGGCCCCUCUUCUAGUGGCAGCCAGGCCACGGUGGCAUCGGUAGUGACGAGCACCUUGCUGGCAGGCUUGGGUGUCGGCGGAGGGGUCAUCUCCUCCAUGCCCAGCUCUGUUUGGCCCACGCAGGCGCCUCAAGCCACUCAGAACCCCACACGUCCAUCCACCGCGCCCGCAAAGUCCAACAACGAGCAGACACCACCUCAGGGCUCCGAGACAGACAACGCGUCUGAGGAGAAUAAUGCUCCGCACGAGGGUGAAGAGGAGGGGGAGGAAGGCGAGAAAGAUGGGGAGAAGGAGGAGGAGGAAGAGCAGAAGAAGAAGAAGGAAAAGACUGGAACUGAUAAUGGGGAGAAACAAGCAAACAGCACUCUGGCCAAAAAACCUUUAAUCCCCACCCCCGCAUCCACAGCCAAAGAGAAAGGAGAAGGGAAACCUACAGUUAAAGGCACCACAGUACCUCCGAGCACUGGUGAAGACGUGGAGAGCAACCCUACAGGUGUAAACCCAGUGUCCACUCAGGAGCCGCGUAAUAGCAGCGUAAAGACGCAAAUUCCCAAGAAUUUACCUACAAAGAUUCCCACUGAAAACGAAAAUGCAAACAGCUGGCCUUUCUCUGUCCACACUGACAGAACCACCAUGUCCAAUGGGAUGCCGCCACCUCACCCGGGGAUGGGCAGGAUGGUGUGGAUUGUCCCCUUGGUGGUGGUGUCUGCUCUUACUCUGCUGUGCCUCAUCAUGCUGCUAAUUGUGAUGGUCUACUGGAGGAGAUUUUUCCAGACAGCUCACUUUUAUGUGGAGGAGAGCAGCUCUCCACGGGUGGUGGCCAAUGAGAAUAUCCCAGUCAUCCCUAUACCAGAUGACAUGGAGGCCAUCCCUGUUAAGCAGUUUGUGAAACACGUCAUGGAGCUCUACAAAAACAACAUGCAGGGUUUUGCUGAGGAGUUUGAGGAGGUCCAACGCUCCACAGCCGACCUGAAAAUCACAGCAGAACAUUCCAAUCAUCCUGACAACAAGCACAAAAACAGAUACAUCAACAUUGUGGCCUACGACCACAGCCGGGUGAAAUUACGGGCUUUGGCAGGAAAAGAUGCCAAACAUUCGGAUUACAUUAAUGCCAACUAUGUGGAUGGCUACAACCAGCCCAGAGCUUAUAUAGCUGCUCAAGGCCCUCUCAAGUCUACAUUCGAGGACUUCUGGAGGAUGGUGUGGGAGCAGAACACUGGAGUCAUAGUCAUGAUCACGAACCUUGUGGAGAAAGGAAGAAGGAAAUGUGACCAGUACUGGCCAACAGAGAACAGCGAGCAGUAUGGAAGCAUCGUGGUGACCCUGAAAAGCACCAAAGUGCACGCUUGCUACACAUUGCGCCGUUUCCUUAUUAGGAACACUAAAGUUAAAAAGGGGCAGAAGGGGAACCCGAAAGGGAAACUAAAUGAGCGCAUUGUGGUCCAGUAUCACUACACUCAGUGGCCUGACAUGGGUGUACCGGAGUACACCCUUCCUGUCCUCACCUUCAUCAACCGCUCGUCUGCAGCUCGUGCUGCAGACAUGGGCCCUGUCCUGGUGCACUGCAGUGCAGGCGUGGGGCGCACCGGAACAUACAUUGUCAUUGACAGCAUGCUGCAACAAAUCAAGGACAAAAGCACAGUCAGCGUCCUGGAUUUUCUCAAACAUAUCCGCACACAACGCAACUACCUAGUCCAGACUGAGGAGCAGUAUGUUUUCAUCCACGAUGCUCUAAUGGAGGCUAUCCUGAGCAGAGAGACGGAGGUGCCCGCCUGGCAGCUUCACAGCUAUGUCAACAGCGUCCUUACACCCAACUCAACAGGCCGCACACGGCUGGAGAAGCAGUUCAGGCUGCUGACUCAGUGCAACACACGCUUUGUGGAGUGCUUCAGCGCCCACAAAGACUGCAACAAGGAAAAGAACCGCAAUUCCUCAGUGGUUCCCUCGGAGCGAGCAAGGGUUGGACUCGCCACUCUGCCUGGCAUGAAAGGAACAGAUUACAUUAAUGCAUCCUACAUAAUGGGCUACUACAGGAGCAAUGAGUUCAUCAUUACCCAGCAUCCUUUGCCUCAUACCACCACAGACUUCUGGAGAAUGAUUUGGGACCAUAACGCUCAAAUUAUUGUCAUGUUGCCCGACAACCACGGCCUGGCUGAGGAUGAAUUUGUUUACUGGCCAAGUCGUGAAGAGGCCAUGAACUGCAUCGCCUUCACUGUCACACUCAUCAGUAAGGACAGACUGUGCCUCUCCAACGAGGAGCAGAUCAUCAUCCAUGACUUCAUUCUAGAGGCCACACAGGACGAUUACGUUCUGGAGGUGAGGCAUUUCCAGUGCCCUAAAUGGCCAAACCCUGAUGCCCCUCUCAGCAGCACCUUCGAGCUCAUUAGUGUCAUCAAGGAGGAAGCCAUGACUCGAGAUGGCCCCACUAUUGUGCAUGAUGAGUAUGGAGCAGUGUCAGCAGGGAUGCUCUGUGCCCUCACCACGCUGUCCCAGCAGCUGGAGAAUGAGGGUGUUGUCGACAUCUAUCAGGUGGCUAAGAUGAUCAAUCUCAUGAGGCCAGGAGUCUUCACUGACAUAGAGCAGUACCAGUACCUUUACAAAGCCAUGCUCAGCCUGGUCAGUAACCGAGAGUGUGGCCUGAGCCCCAUGCACAUGGACACUAAUGGGGCGGUGGUGAUCGCAGACGAGUCGGACCCCGCAGAGAGCAUGGAGUCGCUCGUCUGAGGACAUUCUUACAGGCACUUAAUUUGUAAAAAUCCGAGAACAUUUCUGAGGCCUUUUUGCCAGACUAUUGAUUAAAAUGAAUAACCUUAUUACUUUUUAUACUGAUAAAAGUUUUUUGAUAUUUAUGUUUUUGUCCUUUAUUUCUUGUCUUAAAUGUUAUCCUGCUGAGCGUUUGCACCUGUUUUAAGUUGACACGAGGAAUAAGCAGCUCUGUCCAGUUUGCACUAUACUAUCAGUGUUACUGCCUAAAAUCCAGUGAGCAAAAGUAUGACAUCAUUAAAUCCUGGCAUCACGAGGAAACUCGGAUCUUGGACCGCGCUGAGACGAACGCGAGGCACGAAGGCCGGGAUGCGCUGAAGCGAUCCACUUCCUGAUUGUCUCGGAAACAAAACUUCACUUCAUUUUACAAGCAUGAAUUAUGUCACUUUAUCACUUCAGUCAGACUAACUGUUUUGAGGCUCCGCUCCACAGGGGUGAAGCUUUUUAUCUCGUGAAGAGACUCACACCCGCCUAUAUAUUAUUUCCCCAGUAUCUCACUGCUGUCUUGUAAAAUGUACCUAUGGCUUAUUUUGUUAAAGUGUGUUACAACAUCUAAUGUGAACAUUUAUUGCUUUUUACAGGGAUUUAUAUUGUUAUAUUGUUAAAUUGUUUUGUAAUAUAUAUAAAUAUAUCUAUAAAUAUUAUAUCCCUAAUAGCCAGCCAAUGAUUGUUUUUUUUUUCUUACUUGUCCACCUGCCUUGGUGUAAACUUACUUUUUUUUUUUUUUUUUUUUUUUUUUUUUUUAAAUAAAUGGAGAUCUGUAGCUUGUCAUGUAUUGUCUACAAAUCUCCAGCUGUUUUUUUUUCAGCAUUUCUUUGAGCUUUUCUAACCCAAGCGGUCCAAGCUCAGCUGUUAAACAUCUGUACCAACAAAAUGUAAUCACGCUACAUCAUUUUUUUUUCCAUGUGUUUUUGCAAUGCAGUGGAUGUAACGAGAAUUUAUUUUUGACGCUGAUCAACACCAAAAUUGAAUAAAUGAAUAAAUAAAAUUCACGUCAAAGUGAAAACAACUGGCAGCAGAUUCGUUUUCAACAUUUAAAAUCCAAAUCCCACAUUUUUCUGCACAAACGUUCAAGGACUUCAAGGCCACAUUCACAGAGGGAUCUUUGGCAGCAUUUAUAAGUUGGUUGGGUUGAGUCAUUUGAGGAUAUGUGCACAUCAGUUUUGUGGAUAAAGAUACUGCAGUUCUGUUGUCCUUUCAAAUCCUGCCAAGCUGAUGUGAGCAAACUGCCAGUUUUUCAAGACUUGCCACUUAAUCUGGACUCAGCUCGCUCGCGCUCUCUCUCUCUCUCUCUCUCUCUCUCUCUCUCUCUCUCUCUCUCUC